AUGAGUGCUUCAAACACUCCACAUGGUUGGAGUGAGCAAGAAGACAUGGCAUUAAUGUCUGCUUGGUGUUUAGUGAGCACGAAUGCAAUUGUUGGCGCCAACCAAACUAGUGCCCAUCUAUGGCAAAAUGUUCUCGAUCAAUAUAAGCAAACAAGAAAAGAAAAUCCAGGAAUGGGCCAACAAAAAAGUUCGGAGUCAUUGAGACAGCGCUACAAACGACUCAACACAAAUGUCACAAAGUGGGUUGGUGCAUACAAACAUGCGCAUGAUCGAGCUACGAGUGGCCAGUCUAAAGAGGACAUUGAGAAAACCGCUCAACAACUGUAUGGUAAGAGUAAGUUUACUCACCAUAAGGUGUUUGAGGAGGUGAUGAGACACAAUACCAAGUGGAAAUUGAAAUUGAAUAGCACCGGUUCAACGCAUUUCCAACCAGAUGAAGAUAGUCUUGAAGAAAGUUGUGGGAGCUUAAAAAGGUCGAGGACUAGUGAGGAAUGA